GAAGUUGUCCGUGGCCGUGGGAGGAGCUGCCCCCACCGAGAAAGAUAGGACGAUCUCUUCCUUGCCGCCGCAAUCACCGUUUCCGAUCGAUUCCCCGCUUUAGAAAAAGAUUCCGAUGAUGACUGCAAGUGCUGUUGUGCCUCCGUCACUGUCGAUUCCAGUUAAAACAAGAGGUCUGAUCAAGUGGCAAACCAAGCAUACUUGUUGUAAUCCAGCAAGUCUUCCCAUGCGAUUGCAGCCUUUCAGUGCAGGUGGGAUUCAAGGGAAGGUUUGUCUUUCUCAUCCAGUAGGUCUUGGUUUGCAGUUGCAACCUAUUAGCAGAAAACGCAAGAUGCAGUGCAUCAGGGCAAACUCAAACAGUCACUCGUCAGGCACCAACAAUCACCCAAGCUCCCACUCAUGCAAAUGAGAAGUCACCACAACUGGAUGAUGGUGGGACUGGAUUUCCACCACGUGAUGAUGGUGGUGGUGGUGGCGGCGGGGGAGGCGGAGGAGGCAACUUUUCAGGUGGAUUCUUCCUUUUUGGCCUUCUUGCAUUUUUAGGCUUCUUGAAGGAUAAGGAAACUGAGGAGGGCUAUAAAGCCAGGAGGAGAAGAUGAGAAGACGUGCAAUAAUCCAUGAUACUUUUUUCCAUGCUGUAUUCUUUUUGACAUUGAGUAACCGUAAUUCAUGAUAAAUGCAUUUGUUCUGGUGCUCAGCCAUUUCUUUCUGAGACAUCAAUAAAGUUUUGUAGUCUUGUUUGCAUGUCUGUUUAUGGAAAUCUACCGAGUUUUCUUCAUGUCUCUUUUCUCAUUUAGUGGUUUUGUUGUUUAUAUGCAAGUUAUUGUUUUUGAAUGUUUUUCGUCCUGGUUGCUGGUUUCUCAUGUUGAUGAAUGCCAUACCUUGUCAGU